AUGUUGCUAAUAAAGUUUCUUGCUCUGCUAAAUGUGUUACGUGGUUCGGAAAGUGGGCCGUCAACAGACAUAGAGAGAAAAAGAAAUCCAGUGAAGAGUUUCUUAUGCGAGGGUAACUAUCGCAAAUUAAUAUUUUAUCCAUUCGUGUUUCGUAAUGGCUUAGUUAUAGCAUCUCCUUCAACAAGGUACGACGAAAUAAAGGAAACAGAAAAAGAAUAUGUAGAAGAUGUUAUUAUGGGAUUUUGUUCAUUGAUAUUCGAUUGUAUGGGACCUGUAGCUAUUUCUCCUUAUAAAAAAUGGGUUUACAGCGAGAUAGCUAAAGAAGUUUUGAUUGAAAGCGAUAAGACCCGAUAUUUUAAUUCGAUUGAUAUUUAUAAGAAGAAAAAAGAGAAAUCCAAAGGAGUUACCCUAGGAUUCAUAUUAAAGAAAAUAACAUGGGAGAACAUCCAUUUACUUAAUGAAUUUGGAAAUCGUCUUAUCGAUAAAGUAGAAACAGAAACGAAAAAAUUAAAUAAGGAUCCUUCUUCUUCGGAAGAAGAAAAAGAAAAGGAAAAGAAAAAAUUAGAGAUAGUCAAGAAGUAUGCCAAACUUAUUCUCACUAAAGAGCAACAGAAUUUAAUGAUUUCGGCAUUUAAUAUAGUACAUGAUGCAUGUGUGUAUCUUUGGGAAAAAAAAGAGAAUAGAGAACAUUUCAUUCUGAAGAUGCGCUUAAACAGAUUAUACUCUGACAAAAUAGAAUUUAGUUUAGGGGAUGGUCCCAUGAAAAAACGUGAAGGGAGUGAUAUUGUGUUACUUGGCUAUUUAAGUCAUGAUUCUCUGAUAUAUGUAUACAACAAAUAUGGAAUAGAAGUAGCAGCAGAACUAGUUAAAGAGGUAUUCUUGGAACAUAAAGAUGAUUCGGAAUUUUGUGCUGAUAGAAUCAUAGAAAGAGAGGAAAAGAGAAGAAGAAUAGAAGAAAUAGAAAGGAAAGCAGAAUCUGAAAGGUAUUCCGAGGAGCUUAUAAGAGAAGAGGAAGAGGAAAAGAGAAGAAGUAGGGGAAAAGAGAGUGGUUUUGGAUUAGUUUUGGUCUCCUCUGAGAGAGAUUUGUGUUCGACGGUGGGGAUGGAGGAUUUUUUGGGAUUUGAUGUGGCUGUGGCCAGGGGUUUGUUGAUGAGGGAUCUGAGAGAUUUUUGA